GGGGACUAAGGAGCAUCACUGAAUGCCAGCUGUGUCCCGCUGGGAAAUUCUGUGCUGGCAGGGCUCAUGGCACCAACAGGAGACUGUGCUGCAGGACACUGGUGUAAGGGAGGAGGGACCAGCAAGGACCCCACUGAUGGGACACAAGGCCUCCUCUGCCCUGCUGGGCACUACUGCCUAGAGGGAGCUCCUGUCCCCACCCAAUGCCCACCUGGUACCUGGUCUGAGGAAGGGAACAGAACCCCAGAAGGAUGUCAAGAUUGCUCUGGAGGGAGACUCUGCUCUGGCGGCCGCCUGCCAAUCUGGCUGGCACCCUGCUACCCAGGCAUUUCCUGCACUAGCGGAACUGUCGCUACCACCCCCGUGGAGGGGCUCUUUGGGAGAUCCUGUCCCUCUGGGCACUUCUGUCCUCUGGAAAUGGCUGACCCCUCUCUGUGUCCUCCUGGCUCCUAUGCCUCUGGCACCCACACAGCAAAAUGUUACAUCUGUCCCAGCGGCCACUACUGUGUUCCAGGGUUGAGGCCACAGCUAUGUCCGAGAGGUUUCUACUGCCCUGAAGGGACAGGGCUUAACUGGCAGCCCUGCCCCCCAGGCACCUAUGGCCCCGUGCUGGGACUGAGUAGCCUGCCAGGAUGUCAAGCCUGUGACGGAGGCAGGUUCUGCCCCAGGGCCAAUGCUACAGAAGCCGGCGGACAGUGCUGGAAAGGUUUCUUCUGCUCCAGAGGAUCCACCCGGCCUAAUCCAGAGGCUGGCACUGAAGAGGAGGCUGGCCCAUGUCCUCAAGGACACUACUGUCCCAGGGGUUCAGCCGUGCCCCAGCCCUGUCCACCUGGCACCUUCAGCGCACACACCAAGCUCAGCUCAGAGGCUGCCUGCUCCCCGUGCCCGCCUGGCCACUACUGCAGUUCAGCGGGUCUCACCAGCCCUUCUGGGCCCUGCAGCACAGGCUUCUUCUGCCGCCACGGGGCCCUCGUUCCCAACGGCUCCCUAGGAGAAGAGACCAGUGGCCCUUGCCCUGCAGGGCACUUUUGUCCCCCAGGCACUGUUACCCCCAGGCCCUGCCCAGCAGGCACCUACAACAGGCUAGCUGCCCAGGGCCACUGUGAGUCUUGUCCUGAGGGUUUCUUCUGCCCAUCAAAACCUCCUCUGUGGUGGGGAAUGAGUGUCCUGCAGGCCAUUACUGCCCAGCCUCCACGUCCUUUGCUUCUCAGUUCCCCUGACCCCGAGGCACCUACAGGCCACAGAGAGGGGGUGUCCAGCAGUCAGACUGCACUCUCUGUGAUCCAGGCUCCUACUGCCUCCUGCCUGGGCUGGUGACUGUAUCUGGGCCUUGCAGGGCAGGGUUCCACUGCAUUCAAGCAGCAGCUGUCCCCAACCC